AGCAGCCCCAGCACCCCCCACCACUGGGACGCCCAGGCACGCCAUGACCUCCUCAACAACCUCCAGCAUUACAAGCACGACCUGGAGCAAUGCGUGCCAGCCAACGGCAUGCUCUUCCAAGGCCAAGGGCCCCGCAACCUCCUGCUCAACAUCAGCAGAUACUUCAGGCACAUCCAGGACUUCCUCCACACCCACAACCACAGCGCCUGCGCCUGGGACCACGUCC